AUGGAGAGUCCAACUACGGUCGCCAUGAACGAUGUCCUGCUGCAGCAACAGCCUCCGGCCCAUCAUGAUAUGGCAUCGGAACGAAGGAAUUCGAACUCGGGAGUCGUCAGAUUUCGCCCCUCACAUAGAAAAGCGGCGUCGAGUCUUGGCUCUCUUGCCCAUCUUAUCGCGGAAGCACAUAUAUCAAAUGUACUCCCACCAACUCCUCAUCAUUCACCUCACCACAGCCCUGAACCAACUCCAAUUCCUGCUAGUCACGCACAGCUCUCAGAGAUCUUUGCUCAGCAGGAGGCCUUCAGACAACAUGCUGAAGCUAAUCACAUCAUAAAUGGUCAUGCCCCGACUACUAGUAGCAGUAAUAAUACUUCGCCGCUCAAAUUCCCAAACAAUCAUAAACGAUUCUUGUCGCAGUCAAUGACUGUCUCGCAAGCUGGCCUGACAAUAUCCACAUCGCAACAGCAACAUCCGCUAUAUAAUAAUAUCAGUACUGGUAGUAAUAACAGCACCUCCGACCCUUACUCGGAUGUCCUAAGUAAUCCCUAUUCGGACGAAUUCCCAACGAAUACCGUAAACAAUCUCCUCAUACCACCGAGUGAAUUGCACGACUGGCUCGUCAAUUUACCAACUCCUGUAGACUUGACAAAUCCCUUAGGUGACCAUGCUUUUGAUCCUCACGAGCAUCAUCAUCUACACUUGAACGAUAUGCACAUGUCUGAAUCACAACACCAGCACCAUCAGCACAACCAUAAUCAUAGUCACAACCAUAAUGAUAACGAGUGGUCUAUGCCCUCUAUACCGACUUCAACUUUGCCGCCAUCUGAUACAGGUAUCCCAACGAUGAUCUCAUCGCCAGAGCAUGAUGCUCAAAUGGACGCUUCAUAUGACAUGAACAUGUUUAGUAUCUUCCCAACUGCCAUGCCGCUAAUAAAGACAGAGCCUUCACCAGACCCAAGUGCUCAACAGGUGCAUGGAAUUCUGCUUCAGCCAACCAUUCCGGGAGACUUUAGAUCUGAUUCUGGUAUAUUCAUGUCAAGACCAACCAAUCUAAAUCGUCAGGAUUCCAGUCACCAUCGAUCAGCUAGUUUUGGAUCAGACAUAUCAUCAGCAAUGAAAAUGAAACAUACACGAACCGCAUCUGUAGGUUCGGCUGCCAUGGCGAUACGACCUGCUAUGCCACCACCACCCGCUCAGCAAUAUAUACAACCACAAGCAUCAUCCACAACCAUGCGUAAUCUACAUCCAUCAGCCUCUCGUGACUCUUUAAGAUCCAUUAAAUCUUCAGCUAGCUCUAUGGAUUUAGACCCAGAAGAGGACGAGGAGGAAGAAGACGAGGAUGAUGAAGAAGGAGGUACAGGUGUGAAUGGGAGAGCUGAAGAUGGCACAAAAGUACGCCCCUGUCUUUGGGAUGAUUGUCCUCAAGUAUAUCAUACCAUUCAAGAACUAUCAUCACAUGUAUUUGAUGAUCAUAUUGGAAGCGGGAAGGCUAGCUACAUAUGUAUGUGGAAGGACUGUAACAGAAGUCAGAAGCCCUUUUCGAAAAGACACAAGGUGCAAAAUCAUGUCAGGAUCCAUACUGGACAUAAGCCCUUCGUCUGCCAUUGUGGAAGAAUGUUUUCUCGUCAAGAUGGUCUCAAUACUCAUGUCAAGGCAUGUAUUCUCAUUGGUACUCAUUCGGCUGUAAAGCCAUUCGUAUGCUCAUAUAUUAACUGUGGCAAAGCGUAUUACCACAUUCGAUCUCUGCGAAAACAUGAAAAGAAUCAUGGUGGUGCUUUUGCUGAUCAAAUCGUCUGA